AUGGAAAAAAAAUUAUUUUUUAAAGUUUGGAAUAAUAUAUAUUUAAGAAAACAAAUUCAAAACCAUAUUUUAUUUUUUAAUAUAUUUGGUGAGAGAUUUUUUAAAGAUAGAUCCCUAUAUGACUGGUCUAUAAAUAAAUCAUAUAUAACAAAUCUAGAUUGGAUUGGUACACUACCAGAUAUAAAUGAAUUACCACCAUUUUUGACAGUUUUAUCAUUUUUCUAUAGUAAAAAAUUACUUUCACCUGGCUCAUUACCAAAUAGUCUCACAACACUCACAGUCAAUGAUUUAAACCAAGAAAUUCUACCGGGAUUAUUUCCAAAUAAUCUCACAACACUCACAUUGGGCGGUCGUUUUAACCAAGUAGUUACAUCUGGCUCAUUACCAAAUAGUCUCACAACACUCACAUUGGGCGGUUGUUUUGACCAAGUAGUUACACCUGGCUCAUUACCAAAUAGUCUCACAGCACUCACAUUUAGAGGUAAUUUUAACCAAGUAAUUCUACCCGGCUCAUUACCAAAUAGUCUCACAACACUCACUUUCAGUGGUACUUUUAACCAAGUAAUUCUACCGGGCUCAUUACCAAAUAGUCUCAGAACACUCAAAUUCGGUAGUUAUUUUAACCAAGUGGUUACACCAGGUUCAUUACCAAAUAGUCUCACAACACUCAUAUUCGGCGAUUAUUUUAGCCAAGUAAUUCUACCGGGCUCAUUACCAAGUGGCCUCACAACACUCACAUUCGGUCGUUGCUUUAACCAAGUAGUUACACCUGGCUCAUUACCAAAUAGUCUCACAACUCUCAUAUUCAAUUUUUAUGACCAAGCAAUUCUACCGGGCUCAUUACCAAAUAGUCUCACAAAACUCUUAAUCGGUUUUGAUUUUAACCAAGUAGUUAAACCAGGUUUAUUACCAAAUAGUCUUAGAACACUCGCAUUAGGUUGUAAUUUUAACCAAGCAGUUAAACCCGGCUCAUUACCAAAUAGUCUCACAACACUCACAUUCGGUCAUUAUUUUAACCAAAAAUUUAAACCCGGCUCACUACCAAAUAGUCUCACAACACUCACAUUCGGUUAUGGUUUUAACCAAGUAGUUAAACCCGGCUCACUACCAAAUAGUCUCACAACACUCACAUUCGGUGAUUAUUUUAACAAAAAAGUUAAACCCCGCUCAUUACCAAAUAGUCUCAAAACACUCACAUUCAGUAAGAAUUUUAACCAAGUGAUCAAACCAAGAUCAUUACCAAAUAGUCUUACAACACUCACAUUCGGUGAGGAUUUUAACCAAGUGAUCAAACCUGGAUCAUUACCAAAUAGUCUCACAACACUCAAUUUCGGUAACAGUUUUAAAGAAGUAGUUCUACCGGGUUUAUUACCUAAUAAUCUUACAACACUCACAUUCGGUUAUUAUUUUAACCAAGAAAUUCUACCCGGCUCAUUACCAAAUAGUCUUACAACACUCACAUUCGGUUAUUGUUUUAAUCAAGUAGUUCUACUGGGCUCAUUACCAAAUAGUCUCAUAACACUCACAUUCGGUUAUCUUUUUAACCAAAUAGUUCCACCUAGCACAUUACCAAAUAGUCUUACAACACUCACAUUCGGUGGUGGUUUUAAUCAAGUAGUUCUACCGGGCUCAUUACCAAAUAGUCUCACAACACUCACAUUCGGUCGUAAUUUUAACCAAGUAAUUCUACCGGGCUCAUUGCCAAAUAGUCUCAUAACACUCACAUUCGGUGAUGAUUUUAACCAAGUGUUUACACCGGGCUCAUUGCCAAAUAGUCUCACAACACUCACAUUCGGUAAAAAAUUUAACAAAGCAUUUAAACCCGGCUCAUUACCAAAUAGUCUAAAAAAACUCACAUUCGGUCGUAGUUUUGAACAAUUAGUAGUUACACCCGGCCCAUUAAUAUAUAGUGAUGCCAACAAUUGGUUACCGUCAUCACUUAAAACUUUAAAAAAAGGUUAUUUUUCAAUUCGUAUUAUACAACAAAGUGAAAACUAA